UUCCCCCCAUUCUCUCGCAAUUCGCCCCGUCCUCUCCCCUUCAACGCUACUGACUAAUAUAGCCACAGGCUUUGACACACUUAGCUUGUAGGCAUCAUCAUGUGGCAUCCCAGCAGCAACACAGGCAUUCAGGGCAUGCCCAAUGUACACUCCCACUGCAUUGGCGCUGCUUUUGGCAAUUUAAUGAUUCAGACUUUAAAUGCACCAAGACUGGCAGAACCCACUUUUCGCGUAGAGAUAAAGGAACUCGACCUGUAUCAUCCCCCUACAAUUAGUUGGGGUCACGAAGACUGGUUCUACGUGGACGUCGAUAUUGACGGUCGGGUUCAAACAACAUCUAUCGUCGGCAAACACGAAUUACCUUGGAAAGAGACCUUCACCUUUGAUGCCCGACAAUCGUCUGUUAUCACGCUGCGAGUUUUUGCCCAGCGCAAGCUCCAUAAAGACAGAUAUGUUGGUUCCGUUCAAGGCAGACUGGAUGCUUUCCUUGGCUCUUCUGGAAAAGCUGUUCUCCACGAUGUCUCACCCCCGCAUUCUAACAACGACCACCAUCACACUGCCACAAGGACUAGACUUUCGUUUUCAGUCAAGCGUGUGGAGGAGGUUGUGGAGCCUGGUUUUCCUAGGGUACCCAGUCCACCUCCGACUAAAGAGGAAAUUCUACCGGUUACUGAACAUCACCGGCCAAAGGAAGACUCAUGGAAAAAUAAAGGGGGCGUACGGGAUCAGCCGGCAACCAAGGAACCGGAAAUGGAUCCAGGCCACUCAAGCAGCAAAAUAUUACAGGCGAAGGCAUCGGCGCGAAACCUUGUCCCUCAAUUUGCAGCGAUCGUUGCUCUCUUCCCCAAUGACGGUCAGAUCCAACAAAUACUGGACAGUGCAAAUACCUUUAGCCCGCUGUUGGACAAGAUCAAUAUCUUUCUCACGUUCACUGAUGCCCUCGGCGAUAUCCAUCCUUACGUGAAGAUGGCUGCUGUAGUUCUUACUGGAGUAGUCAAGGUUUUCACAUCGCAAAUGGUUUUCAAAAACAACGUCAAGAAUCUCGUUGAAACCAUGACUGAUGCUCACAGUUUUCUGUCCGAGUCAGAUCCGCUGUCGAAGAUUCAGUCCCAUCUACAAAUCAUCCGUGCCCUAUCAGCCCAGACAGUGGAGUGCUCGUAUUUCCUUCGAGAUAUCAUGAAGGGUGGUCUCGGAUGCUUUGUGAGCCAACAACUAUUGGUGACCAAUACCGAACGAAAGUUCCAAGACUAUACCCAAAAGUUCCAACAACUGAGGGCCGCUCUGCAGGAACGGGCCAUUAUCUCGACCGCAGUCAAUGUUCUGCGUCUAUACGACGAAGUUCAGGGAAUUUCUGCGCAAAUAUCACUCGAUAACAUGUAUUACGCUGAAGACGUUCAUUACACUAAUGUGGACGAAUGCGAUUCCUUGGAACCUGACCAGCGGGAACUCAGCGACGAGAUCGCUUGCUGGAUUAACGGUGACUCGACGGAACGCAUCUUUUAUGUUUGCGGACCAGCUGAGUGUGGAAAGACCGCUGUCGCUCGCGAAGUGGCUCACUUGUUCGACGGGUUACAACGACUUGGAUCAUCUUACUUUGUCCGUGAAUCUCAAAAACCUGCCCACCAACACUACCUAUCACAUCACAAAGAUCCCCGCGAUCCCAGCUGCAUCUUCCGCAAUAUUUCUCGCGAUAUUGCAGAUCAUAAUCCGCACUUCAAGCAAGCUGUUGGCGAGAAAGUGAAGAAGUGUGCCAUACGAACGACGAACCGCGUCCGCACACAGUUCCAAGAACUCAUCUUGGAGCCAGCCAAACACGUCAGUUGGUGUGGGCCGGUGGUUAUCGUCAUUGACGCCCUAGAUGUCUGUGGAGAGGGCCACCAGAGAAAGGAUCUGCUUAAUGUACUCGCAACUAAGGCCGCAGAACUACCUCCCAACUUCCGGAUUCUAAUAACUAGUCGCCCGGAGGCAGACAUCGUGCACGCCUUCAAAGACAAGUCGCAUGUAAUGAUGAAGAUCCUUGAGGAUGCUACGCUGCCGGAUAACGAUUCAGGGAUUUCUUUCUCUCCAGUCACUACCUCCUGCGGAAGACGUUCUCCCUCUCCUUCUGGUGACAGCGUCCUGGAAUCCGAUUACUUGGAAGACAGAGGAGACCUUACGGAGUUUAACGAUGUCUAUAGAUCGUAUGAAUUUUCUGAUGAACAGGACAUCCAUCCAUACGAUGGCGAUACUUCACCCCCUCCACCGUAUGUUCAUGAAGAUGCGACUCCCGGGGAUCAAACCCACACUCCAGUUUUGCACACGAGGGAGCAGACAGACAUAACGUCUCACUCCACUGGGGGCUCGUUGCGCAGAGGCCACACGUUGCACUUUCACGAUGGGAGAAACGGUUUGAAGUCCGCUGGAGCCAAGGUUUACAGGGCUGUACAUGGGCAUCAUGUCGACGGAGACGUCCGGUACCGAGAUCAUCCUGGUGAGCUUGUUGAGACAGAACAUCUAGAGGAAAGCAUGGAUGGAUACACACGCAAGUCCAGUGCACAGACAACGACGUUGCGCCGCGUCAAAUCUGAUCGAUUCCCGGUCGUCGACACUCUGAAUCGCCAGUGCCGCCGGCCAGUCCACCGUUCACGACUGAUUGUUGCACAUGAAGCUAUCCACCUUUGAUUUUACCUUCUCAUAGCGUGUACGUGUAUCUUGGUGCUGGCUCACAUUAGGCAAUAUGUAUAAGAUGUACGGAUACUUCAUACGAUCGCGAUAUCAAUGAUAUUUGCAGACUGUAUCAGCUUGAUAGUUUUUCGGUAAGCACUGGCAACAGUGCUAGUAGUGUGAUGUCGUGACUUCCGAUGGUCAGGGCUUUAUCCAGAGCGCCUCGCAUCUACUAAAGAUACUUGGUGUUAAAA